CUCUGCUCCGGCGUGGCAGGUCCGAGAACUCUGCUCUCCUUGCCCGGCCAGGCAGGCGCCCAAGUGGCACGCGGUUCGAACCCGCCGCUUGCCCUAGUCUGGGCGGGCAGCCGACUCUUGGCAGUGAGCAGCCAGACGUCUGUCCCGUUGGCCCAGAGCUUCCUAACUGGUCAGGACAAACUUCGGUGGCUGGAGGCCCGGGGCCAGGGGGGGAGGAAGAGGAGGAGGAGGAGGAGAGGUUGUGGUUGGGGGGAUCUUGGGCUUGUGCUGCCUCUCCCCCGCCUCCCUCCCUCCCUCGCCCCCCCCCCCGCCACAACUGCUCAAAAGACCUGGAUGAGCUGCCACAGGGACCCCGUCCAGAGGGGCGGGGGGCCGGGAGGAGGAGGAGGAGAUUUGCCCUCCCCGAGGAAGCGCCGCCGCCAGCUCCCCUCGGGAACCUUAAAGAGCCCCUCCGCCAGCCCGCUCCGUCGGGGGAAGAAGACGGCCAUGCCCCGGCGCCCGCUCGCCAGCCGACCCACGAAACUUGAUGGAAGACCUGUGGACUUGCUCCUCCCUUGCCAACGGGAUGCUGCUUCAUAUAUCACAGCAAUCUGCCAGGAGGCAUGAAGGUCUCUAGCGCUCUUACGGAGGGUUCUUAGAGCCACCAGAAGACAGCUGCUGAAGAUGUUUGCCAAGGUGCACGUGCUUGCUCUGGUCUUGUUUUCCAAAGGAUCCUUCCUUUCGCUAGGUGACCACAAUUUUGUAAGGAAAGAAAUUAAGAUUGAAGGAGAUCUGGUUUUUGGUGGUCUGUUCCCAAUUAAAGAAAAGGGCACUGGAGCUGAAGAAUGUGGGAGAAUCAAUGAAGACCGAGGGAUCCAGCGCUUGGAGGCCAUGUUAUUUGCUAUUGAUCAGAUCAACAGGGAUGGCCAUUUGCUCCCAGGAAUUAAGCUUGGCGUUCACAUUUUGGACACCUGCUCCAGGGACACAUAUGCAUUAGAACAGUCAUUGGAGUUUGUCAGGGCAUCUUUGACUAAAGUGGAUGAAGCUGAGUAUAUGUGUCCUGAUGGGUCGUAUGCAAUUCAAGAAAACAUCCCGCUACUCAUUGCAGGUGUCAUUGGAGGCUCUUACAGCAGCGUCUCCAUACAGGUUGCAAAUUUACUAAGGCUCUUCCAGAUUCCUCAAAUAAGCUACGCAUCCACCAGUGCCAAGUUGAGUGACAAGUCCCGCUAUGACUAUUUUGCACGGACGGUGCCUCCUGACUUUUAUCAAGCAAAAGCAAUGGCAGAGAUCCUGCGGUUCUUUAACUGGACCUAUGUGUCAACGGUUGCUUCUGAAGGCGACUACGGAGAAACAGGAAUCGAGGCCUUUGAACAAGAGGCCCGACUCCGCAACAUAUGCAUUGCUACCUCUGAAAAGGUUGGCCGCUCCAACAUUCGGAAAUCCUACGACAGCGUCAUCCGGGAGCUGCUCCAGAAACCCAAUGCAAAAGUGAUUGUCCUUUUUAUGCGCAGCGAUGACUCUCGAGAGCUCAUCGCUGCAGCCAACCGAUUCAAUGUGUCCUUUACGUGGAUUGCCAGCGAUGGGUGGGGGGCCCAGGAGAGUGUUGUGAAGGGCAAUGAACACAUAGCUUAUGGAGCAAUCACCUUAGAGCUCACUUCCCAUCCUGUGAAAGAAUUUGACCGCUAUUUCCAAAGCCUCACUCCAGCCAACAACCAUCGCAAUCCCUGGUUCAAAGAUUUUUGGGAGCAGAAAUUUCAGUGCAGCCUUCAGAACAAAAAAAAUCACAUAAAAACUUGUGACAAACACUUAUCUAUUAACAGUUCCAACUAUGAACAAGAAUCCAAGAUCAUGUUUGUGGUGAAUGCUGUGUAUGCAAUGGCCCAUGCCUUGCAUAAAAUGCAACGGAACUUGUGUCCAAAUACCACCAAGAUUUGUGAUGCUAUGAAGAAUUUGGAUGGCAAGAAGGUCUACAAAGACUUUCUCCUGAAAGUCAAUUUCACAGUGGCAGCAUCUGCAAGUGAGGGAGGGAGUCUGGAGAAAUCAGCUAAAGCUCCAUUCAGUUCUUCCAAAUCGGCAGACAACAUUGUUAAAUUUGAUGCCUAUGGUGAUGGAAUCGGCCGAUACAAUGUCUUCAAUUUUCAGCACAAUGGAGGCAAAUACUCCUAUGUAAAAGUUGGCCAAUGGGCAGAGACUUUGACGCUUGAUGUAGAUGCCAUUCAUUGGUCCAGAAGUCAUAUCCCCACAUCCCAGUGCAGUGACCCCUGUGCGCCCAACGAGAUGAAGAACAUGCAGCCAGGAGAUGUCUGCUGUUGGAUCUGCAUUCCUUGUGAGCCAUUUGAAUACCUGGUGAAUGAAUCCACUUGUGCAGACUGUGGCCCUGGGCGGUGGCCAAGGGCUGAUCUCACUGGCUGUUACGACCUCUCGGAAGAUUACAUCAAGUGGGAAGAUGCAUGGGCAAUUGGACCAGUGAGCAUUGCAUGCCUGGGCUUUAUUUGCACUUUCUUGGUUGUGGGGGUAUUUAUCAAGCAUAACAACACCCCUUUGGUCAAAGCUUCAGGUCGUGAGCUGUGCUACAUACUCCUCUUUGGAGUCUUCCUCUCCUACAGCAUGACGUUCCUUUUCAUCGCCAAGCCUUCACCAGCCAUUUGCACCUUCCGCCGCUUGGGCCUGGGUACGUCCUUUGCUAUUUGCUAUGCUGCCCUACUGACGAAAACAAACUGUAUUGCCAGAAUAUUUGAUGGGGUAAAGAACGGGGCUCAGAGGCCUAAGUUCAUCAGCCCGCGUUCGCAGGUCCUCAUCUGCCUGAGCUUCAUCAUGGUGCAGAUUGUGGUGGUGUCUGUGUGGCUGAUUUUGGAAGCCCCAGGCACCCGGCGGUACACCCUUCCUGAGAAGCGGCAAACUGUUAUAUUGAAGUGCAACGUCAAGGAUUCUAGUAUGUUGAUCUCUUUAACAUACGAUGUUAUCCUCGUGGUCUUAUGCACUGUAUAUGCCUUCAAAACAAGGAAGUGCCCAGAAAACUUCAAUGAAGCCAAAUUUAUUGGUUUUACAAUGUACACAACAUGCAUCAUCUGGCUGGCUUUCCUCCCAAUCUUUUAUGUGACAUCAAGCGACUAUCGGGUCCAGACCACGACCAUGUGCAUCUCCGUAAGUCUCAGUGGCUUUGUUGUCCUGGGAUGCUUGUUUGCUCCCAAAGUGCACAUCGUUCUCUUCCAGCCGCAGAAGAAUGUGGUCACUCACAGGCUGCACCUCAACAGGUUCAGCGUCAGCGGCACGGGAACCAGCUAUUCCCAAGCCUCAGCUAACGUGUACGUUCCCACCGUCUGCAAUGGAAGGGAAGUCGUGGAUUCUACCACCUCCUCGCUCUGAGCGUUCUGCUCCUAGACUGUUAGGAAGUGUUGCACAGUUCUUGCACAACCAGGAGAAAGUGUUUUUUUUAAAAAAAAGACUAGCAUUUUCUUUUCUAGAAACAGUAUAAUAAAUUAUUUUUGAGGGCUGUACAGUAUAUAGUGGUGUUCUUUCAAGAACGACUUUAGUUCUAAGGGAUGUGUAAAUAGCCACAACUUCCACUUCUAUCAUGUUGACUUAGUAGUGAGGGAAGAGUUAGUUGCCAUGAUAGGUGGCUUUCUUUCUAAUGGAUUUUUGUAAUUCCUUGUUGUAAUUUACUUAGACUGCAUUUCUAUGUUGUAUAAUAUGGUUACAUUCUGUGCAACAAAUGAUUUUCACUGCAGUAUUAAUUAAUGUAAAGAUGCCAAUAAUAAAAUCUGAAACAUUUUCCAGCA